CCAUGCGCAGAUCAGAAGGAAGGUGAAAGGGGAACAAGAUGGCGGCGCCCAUGAGCGCGGCGCUGCGGUCGUGUUUGGCAGAGGGGUGAUCCGAAAGAAGAUCAACAAUUCGUAUUAUUUUUUAUUAUUGUCUCGCUAGACCGAAAGGUCUGCGAUGGGGCUGGAUGGAGGGCCGCUUCCAGCCCGCGCGAGGUCCCUCUGGGGCUCCCGCCAGGCGAAGCUGAUGUUCCCACGGCUACGGAGGGGCCCCUGGCCGGCCUUGCUGGGGCUCCCCCGGGAGAUGGGGGGCUUCCUUUGGGGCCGAUCCAAGGAGACCCUCGGCCUCCAGCAGGGCGAUCGUCCCGGGGGUCCCGGUUGCCCGGCCCCAAGGCUUCCACCCGGGGGGCUCCCCAGAGGCCUGGCCAAAGCCGCCGGGAGAAGGACCACCAGGGACCUCAGGAAAGCCGACGAGGAGGCCCCCGUCUUCCAGUACGUGGGGAGCCACCCCAAGAGGAAGGACCGGCUCUUCGUCUGGGGCUUCGCCUUCUCGGGGGCUUUGGGCAUCCCGACCUUCGUCGUGCCCGACGUGAGCUGGAAGCCGCGGAGAAGGAUCCAGCCCACACCCUACCGCCUGGAGGUGGAAGAGAAGAUCUCUUCCGCUGCCUGUGGGUAUGGAUUCACCCUUCUUUCCUCCAAAACGACUGACAUUACCAAAGUCUGGGGCAUGGGGCUGAACAAGGAUUCUCAGAUUGGCUUCCAUCCGAGCAAGAGAGAUCGGUCGAAAUGUUACGAACAUGUUCUGGAGCCAAGCCCUGUUCCUUUGCCCCUGGACAAGCCUCAACAGACGCGGGUUCUGCAGGUGUCCUGUGGCCGAGCGCACUCCUUGGUGCUUACGGACAUAGAAGGAGUCUUCAGCAUGGGCAACAAUUCCUACGGACAGUGUGGCCGGAAAGUGGUGGAAGGGGAAGUGUACAGCGAGAGCCAGCUUGUUAACAGAUUGCCGGCAUUUGAAGACCGUGUGGUCCAAGUUGCCUGCGGGCAGGACCACAGCCUCUUCAGAACAGAGAGAGGAGACGUCUAUUCCUGCGGGUGGGGAGCCGAUGGGCAAACAGGACUUGGCCAUUACGACAUUACAAGCAAGCCCACGAAAGUAGGUGGCGACCUUUCCGGCGUCCGGAUUGUUCAGGUGGCUACCUACGGGGACAGCUGCCUUGCCGUGUCGGAGGAUGGUGACCUCUUUGGCUGGGGGAACUCCGAAUACCUCCAGCUGGCUUCUGUUUCAGACUCAACCCAGGUCAAUGUGCCGAGACACCUUCCCUUCAAAGUCGGGAGAGUGAAGGAAGCAGCUUGUGGAGGGACCGUCAACGCUCUUUUAAAUGAGCAAGGCCACGUCUUUGUAUGGGGUUAUGGCAUCCUUGGUAAAGGACCAAAGCUAAUGGAAACGGCCAACCCUGAGAUGAUCCCGCCCUCCCUCUUUGGCUUAUCGGACUUCAACCCGGAUGUCCGCAUCGCUCGGAUCCGCUGUGGACUCAGCCAGUUCGCUGCUGUCACUAACCGAGGCGAGCUCUUCGUAUGGGGCAAAAACGUGAGAGGGUGCUUGGGGAUCGGAAGAAUGGAAGACCAGUACUUCCCGUGGAGGGUGACAGUGCCGGGCGAGGUAGUGGACGUUGCCUGCGGGGUCGACCACAUGAUCACCCUAGUGAAAUCCUUGGUUUAGCUGUCAACCGAAACAGCCGGAGCCAGCCAGAAGCGAUGGUAUGAUCUGGCGAUUCUUUUCCAGCGGGGCCCGAUUUCCUGGGCCUUUCAUGACGGGGCUGGCCGAUCCCAGAACGCUGAAUCGGGGGGGGCGGGAGCGCGCCUCCCGGUGAAGCCCCUCCGGAGACAGUGGUCUCCCUUUCAAAAGGACCGUGAGCACAGGUACAAGACUUGUGCGCCCCUUGUCAAAAGUGGCUCCCCUUCUGCACGCAACCAAGCGCCCCCGUUUUUGAAGGGAGACGAGAAAUGUCCGUUCAGCUUAGCAAGCGGUUGCCGCGAAUAUCGGAACAGCUGGGAGCCAAGACGCUGACGUGCCGUUUUUUGUCUGUUUUGAUCAAAAGAAUGGCGUUGACUAUAAAAAAAAAGAGUACAUUUAUAGUAUUUUCCAAAGAUCAUUUCAAGAAAAGGAUAAACCAUACCCCCUCAGAUUAAUUUCCGACAGCUGUUCAUUGUAUUUCCAAACAGCGCCUUUAGAUUUAUCGUAAUGAAACGAAGGAGCAGCCUCUUCAAAGCAGCAUGUCCCUUUAGUUUAGGAGUGGUGGAUUAAUUCACAGGGCCAAAUCUGGCUUUCCUAGUACCCCGUUUCCAGCUCUCGGAUGAUCCGGCCUCCUCCCUCAAGAUAUAUAUUUAUAUAAUAAUCUUAGAACCACAGAUCAUCCAGUCGAGCCGUUGUCAAGGAAGCCCAGCAGGGGAAUCAAACUCCCAACCUCUGGCUCUUCAGUUAAGAGACCUAAACCACUGAACUACCAUAGAUGCGUGUUCUUCUGCCGGUUUCUCAAUUUUUAUGGUUCUCCCCUGCAAAGGCUUAUAAAUAAAUAUUUCUGUUUUUUUUUUAAAUUUUAAUAUUGUCAGCCAGCAGAUAAGCGAAUCCGUGGAUACUGGUCCCACAGAUAGAGGGUCCUACUGUGCUUCUUUAACACGUAAGCGGUCACCGGAAGUUGGUAAUUCUCAGGCGGGUACCCACUUUUAUUAAUGCUGCUCUCGUAAACCUCCACCGUGAGAAAUCCGUUCGGUUUGGGACGGCCACGAAGCCCAGCUGCAAUGCUCACAGAUUGCCUUCCCUCCUGGAGGAGAAGACUGCAGGGAGCAGUUAUCAGUAGCCAGGAUAACAUAAGGACGCAGCUGCUGUGUAACAGGGCCUCCCCUGCUCCAUCUUAAAAAUAAUAUGUUGGGAUACCGGUUAUUUAAAUAAAUAAACAGUGAGUCACAGGUUAUGAUUUUAAAUUUAAUACAUUAUGUCCAAGGUCUGCUUCAAGGGUCGAUGGCCACAUUCUCUGAUUGGUAGAGGUGUGUCCGGUUGGUAAUUCUCUGGCUCCCUUUAACUGGAGAGAGGCUGAAGGGUAGAGGUGUUUCUGGAUCGAAGCCUCUAGAAUUCUGGAAGCGUCAAGUCCAGAAGCACUAAUCUGCUCCGUUCUGGUGGUGGCUGAACCUCUAGGUGUUCUGAACGCAGACUCUAACCCUAACGGAGUUCCAUGGAUAGGCGGGUCAGAGGAAUACACAAGGGGACAUGUCGACCAGCCUCUUGUGAUGGGUACAUGGUUCUAUUCUAAGCAAAGGCUUAUAACUUUGGGUCUACUUUGAAGGCUACCUAGAAGUUUCUGGUGGUCCACCGGAGGGGAGAUACAGGACGCUGGGUUUACAUGGCCUUGGGGAGUCUGAGGUAGUUCAGCCUUCCUCCUGUCGCCUUAUGGUGACAUUUCCCUGUUUUUACUUCAUCCUCCCCCAAGAGAUUCACUCUUGGGAAUUGUGUCCUUUUAGGGGAAAAUGCUGGUGACGGUAAAGUGGACUUCCGCCCAGCGAUAGCCACCCUUCUGUUGGAACGAUGGCAGUGUGAAGCGGCACAAAACAAAAAAA